AUUACAUUAUGAAUUAGUUGACGCACCAACGUACGACAUCAGUCAGAUAAAUAAGUAGAUUUUUAUAUAAUAUUCUGCUCCCUGACCCUGUUAAUCAUAAGUAUGGUUAUCAGAAGUGUUGCAAACAUUUUAUUGUCGAAUUCACUCAGAACAGUCUCGUACAACUUCAAGCAAGCGGUUGAAGCUCUGAGUGGGUUGCAGAGUAACGCCGAAUAUAUCAGGAAUCAUGUUAAAACCAAUGCCGAUGAUAACAGUGUAAAGUCGAUUACCAUUAAAUAUUUAGAGAGGUCAGGCCUGACGUUGAACGAUUUGGACGAGUUGUCUGUGAUACAUGUCACUGGCACAAAGGGCAAAGGGACCACUUGCGCCCUUUGCGAGUGUAUUUUGAGACGUUCCGGUUACAGAACGGGCUUCUUCACAUCUCCGCAUUUGAUUGAAGUGUACGAGAGGAUACGGAUUGACGGCGAACCGUUACAGAGAGAAACCUUUGCAAAAUACUUUUGGAAGGUGUUUGACGAACUGGAGCACAAAAAGGAACAUGAAUACGAUAUGCCACACUUUUUUAGUUUUAUGACUAUAUUAGCUUUCCAUGUUUUUCUUAAUGAAAAAGUAGACGUGACGAUAUUAGAAGUUGGAAUCGGUGGAGAAGUUGAUUGCACAAAUAUUAUCAGAAAUACGUGUGUAGCAGGAAUAACGUCAUUAGGGAUAGAUCAUACUAAUUUGUUAGGUAAUUCUUUGAAGACGAUAGCGUGGCAUAAGGCAGGAAUUUUCAAAAAAGGUUGUAAAGCUUUCACGGUGCCUCAGGACAAACGUUCCAUGGCUGUUUUAAAUAGAAGAAGUCUUGAAAAAGGAUGUCAACUAAAUAUCGUUAAACCUUUAGAAGAGAAGAUCUCGAAAGUAAUAAAUACCAAUAUGCCUUUGGAAAUAUUUAGAUUAAAUGCUGGACUCGCCAUUUCGUUAGCAAACGCUUGGGUGACGUUUAAUGGAUUUCCUGCUUUGCAAAACUAUGUUGUCGAAAAGGCUAUAGAAAAGUUUAACUGGCAAGGACGAUAUGAAAUAGUAUCGAUAAAUAAUUCUAGUUCAGUUUGUAGGUUUUUUAUGGACGGAGCGCACACGUCGGAGAGUCUUGAAAUAUGCAAGGAUUGGUAUUUGAAAAACACAAAAUUUUCAUCCAACAUAAAAGUUCUUGUGUUCAACGCAACUGGAGACAGGAACGUGCGCCAGUUUUUGAAAAUACUCCACAAAUGUCACUUCCAGCAAGUCUAUCUAACCCCGAACGUGGCAGUUUCGAAACAAAUGGAUGACGUGAAAGAACCUAUUCAACGCUGUCAAGUUUUCAAGAGAGCUUGGGAGGAAUUGGAACGGAAAACUGGCUUUAAAGCUGACUCUAUUUCGACAUGUGUUGACGUAAGCGGAGCUUUUCGAAAAAUAUUAGACAAUAACGUCAAAAAAUGCGAUGUUCUAGUCACAGGUUCUAUUCACUUGGUAGGAGCUGCAUUAAAUGUAAUAAACAUUCGUAAAACAAACGACUCUAGUUAAUUUCAUGUAGAAUUUUUAUUUUUUACAAUAGUUUAACUGUCAAUAGUUUUAUAUGAUACCGAACUGUACUUUAGCAUUCCAAGUAAUUAUUUAAUAAAUAUUACCUGUACAGA